GACUUUGAUAUCGUCGGUGUAUUGAGAAAUGAAAAAGAUAAACCCAUUGCUGUCAACAUGAAUGGCAAAAGUACAGAGUUCACCCCUUCGGAGGAGUUUGUGAAGAGAAUUGGGGGCACGGAACCAAUCCUUUGGCGUGUCGAGGGAGACGAUGGCAAAGCCUACAAUUGGAGUAUCAGGAACCACCGGUUAGAACUCGAGCUGUUGCAAAUAAAGGGUUCCCCGAGGCAAAACCCAGUGGCAAUAUAUCAUCGUCCCAAGCGUUACUUUUUCGUUGGCAUGGUCUCACAGUUCGGGCAUAUUGAUAUAGAUUCCUCGACAAUGGGAACACUGGAUUCGCUCAUUGUAUCGUUUUUGAUAAUGGAACGGAAGCGACGCGAUGGGAGCUUCUUGGGGUAACUUCAGUGGAGAAAUUGACUGCGCCAAGUAGUCCUGCUGGUCGGUUUAAGGGAUUGGGGAGCAAUAUUCAACUAGGAGUGGACAUUUGUUAAUAACCCUUUGUUUUCGAAAGUUUCUCCUUCGUAGACUUGAUGGUCCAUUAAGGGACAGUCGC